GUUUGCUCCCUAGCUCCUCUGAAAAACACGAACUUUGCACUCAAAAAAUUGUGUAAUCAUUUUAUUUUCGCGUAAUACAGGGCCGGGGGUCCGUUAGCGUGCGCGCGAGGUGUAUGAGUGACGCGGCUGCGGUUCGGUACCAGAAUCCCGGGGAAGAGAAGCGAGCCGUGCCGCUGGACUGCUGCGGAGGACUCAACAACGUGGACUACUCCAAGAUGGAUUUGUCGCUUAUAGAAGGGCUGCUGAAACUCACCAAUUUCCAAGACUCCAGCUUCUGCGUCGCUGUGGCCGCCAUCAUUUUCAACCCUUUCUUCUGGAACGUGGUGGCCAGAUGGGAGCAUCGUACACGCUCUCUCUCCAGGCUCUUUGGUAGCCCCCACCUGGCCUGUUACUGCCUGGGCUUCGUCAUCAUCCUCCUCAACGUGUACCGCAGUCACAGUAUGACGGUGGCGAUGAAGGCCCAGGCCAAGUGGGAGGUGAUGGACAGGACGGAUGUUUUCUAUGCCGGCGUAGGCCUCAUGGUGCUGGGCACUGUGCUGGUGGUCAGCAGCUUCCUGGUCCUGGGAUUCACUGGAACCUUCCUUGGUGAUUACUUUGGCAUCCUGAUGGAUGAGAAGGUGACAGGCUUUCCUUUCAACAUCACAGGGAACCCAAUGUACUGGGGCAGCACUGCCAACUACCUCGGGCUGGCACUUAUCGGGGCGAGUCCCGUCGGCCUCGUCCUCACCGCCAUGGUAGCCGUGGUUUACAAGGUGGCCAUACGAUUCGAGGGACCGUUCACUGAGCUGAUCUAUCAGGAGAGGAGUCAGAGACGCAAGCGUGAAUAAUCCCUUCCGGCUCCUGGGCGCUCUGAGGAUUCUGACAGGCCAUCAGUCGUCCUCCUCCAGCAGGGAUCCACGGGCCGCGCUCACACUGCAGCUGCAAGAGAUCCAUUUUUUUUUCAUGUCGAUUCAUGGCCUCCUAAUUAACGUGGAUUCAACAUUGAGCCGUUUUCCUCAUGUUCUUUUUACAUAGAAUGGAGAAGAAAUAGUUUGGUAUUGUGAAGAAGAAACAUUCUUUCCUGCUAAAGAUUCCAUGAGAAGAUUGAUACAAUAUGAGGAUCUGUAAGGAGCUAGAACUAGGGGCUGAUUAGCUUAGCUUAGCUUAGCCACUGUGAAGAGUUACAGAGAAGGAUGAAUCUGGAACUAGUUACACUCUCCAGACUUUAUACCCUCGAUCCUCUUACUUGAAUUUUUCUUCUCCUCCAUCUCUUGGCAAAGUUGCUAUAAAGGGAUAUUCAGAAGUUCUGAGCUUAAGGUACGAGUUUAGUGCAUGUUCCAAAUUGUUUUUUCACUGGUUCAUCACUGCCACACGCUCCCAGCAAUUCUCUUCUAUAGUUCAUAAAAACAUGAAGCAGCGUGUUCAUUCAAAAUACUGCAAAACGACCAAAUCCUGGUGCUGCACGAAGACUUUUGCAAACUUUUUGUGUUCAGAGAAACAUAAAUGUGUCUCACAUAGCCUUCGAUACUGCCAGCGUUUUUGUAAGUGUUGUACAUGUGAUAAAUGAACCCUUUUAAAUGUCGAGAUGUACCGACUGUACCUAUGCAAACUAUUCCGAACUUAACACACACUGCCUGUUGAAAUGUUUGUUAUGUAAUAACAAUAAAGUAAUGUCUCUCUGUGUGUGUCCCAC